AUGCCAACACACGUAGGAGAUGCCAACACACGCGUACGCGAUGCCAACACGCGCGUACGCGAUGCCAACGCGCGCGUACGCGAUGCCAACGCGCGCGUACGCGAUGCCAACGCGCGCGUACGCGAUGCCAACGAGCGCGUACGCGAUGCCAACGCGCGCGUGCCCGAUGCCAACGCGCGCGUGCGCGAUGCCAACACGGGCGUGCGCGAUGCCAACACGGGCGUACGCGAUGCCAACACGGGCGUGCGCGAUGCCAACACGGGCGUCCGCGAUGCCAACACGGGCGUCCGCGAUGCCAACACGGGCGUCCGCGAUGCCAACGCGCGCGUCCGCGAUGCCAACGCGCGCGUUCGCGAUGCCAACACACCCGUGGCGAGAGACGCCGCAGAGGCUGACGAGAUCGAGAUGGUGAUGACAGACCUGGACAGAGCAAAUCAGAGAGCGGAGGCAGCCCAACGGGAGGCGGAGUCACUGAGAGAACAGCUGACCCUCACCAACCAAUCCAUGCAGCUCGCCGGCCACACCCACACAGACUCCGACACGGAGGCUGCGGCGGCGGGGGGGACGGACACGGCCUCCCGCUCCAGCCUGGAGGCGGAGCUGGGGGCGAAGGACCGGGAGACGGUCCAGCUGGUGGAGGACGUGCAGAGACUGCAGGCCAGCCUGAGCCGCCUCAGGGAGAGCACGGGCACCCAGAUCAGCCAGCUGGAGCAGCAGCUCAGCACCAAGACCCUGGGCCUCAAGGAACUGGAGGAGAAGCUGCUGAAGCAGGCCGACUAUGAGGAGGUCAAGAAGGAGCUGAGCAUCCUGAAGUCCAUGGAGUUCGGCCCGUCAGACUCUAUGCAGGAGUCCUCCAAGCCCCUGGAGGUUCUGCUGCUGGAGAGGAACCGGAGCCUUCAGUCGGAGAGCGCCUCUCUGCGCAUCGCCAACACCGAGCUCGGCGGGCCAGCCGGAGGGAAAGGGACAGAGCAGCCCGCCACGAAGGAGGAGCCCUGUCCCCGCGACCCCCCGCCCUCGCCCCCCCCACCGCUGCCCUCCCUCUGCUCCUCCUCCUCCUCCUCCUCCUCCCAGCUCUUGCACCCUCGCGUUCACUCCGACCCCCUGGGCUCCAACGACACGCACCCCUUCUCCCCCGCCGGCCUCGGCGCGGACUUCUACACGCCCUCCUUCCCCCUGGUGGGGGGCAAGAUGGCGCUGAGCUCUCUGCUGCAGCGCCAGCUCCUCCAGACCUUCUACUCCAAAGCGCUGCAGGAGUCGUCCGGGCUGCCCGCCGGCGCCCUGCUCUUCUCCCCCUUCUCGCCCACGCUGGGCUCCCUCGCCCCCUCCAACGCCGGCUCCGGCGCCGCCGCCGCCGUGCCCCUGGCGGCCAGCAGCCCCCAGCCGCCGCCCGCCAGCCCGGACGUGGCCACGGUCAACGGCGGCGGCGGCGGCAUGGCGUGCGGCGCCCCCUCCCCCUCCCCCAGCCACUCGGACACGGCCGGGCUGGGGGGCCCCCUGGACGGGGAGGACAUGGACACGGCGGAGAUCGCCCGGCAGGUGAAGGAGCAGCUGAUCAAGCACAACAUCGGGCAGCGGGUGUUCGGCCACUACGUGCUGGGGCUCUCUCAGGGCUCCGUCAGCGAGAUCCUGGCGCGGCCCAAGCCCUGGAGCAAGCUCACCAUCCGCGGCAAGGAGCCCUUCCACAAGAUGAGGCAGUUCCUGGCGGACGAGCAGAACAUCCUGGCCCUGCGCAGCAUCCAGGGCCGGCAGAGAGAGGGCUCAGGCCAGCCCCAGCUUAGCAGAGUGUUUCAGGACGUCCCGAAGCGGAGAGCCCACUCUGAGGCCCCCUCCCACCCAGGCAACAUCACGGCCCGGGUUCGAACCCCAGAGGCCAGCUCGGACGAGGCGAUCAAGUCCAUCCUGGAGCAGGCCAAGAGGGAGCUGCAGGUGCAGAAGGCCGACCUGUCCCACGGGCCCCCGUCCUACGGCGGCCUGAAGGGCGGCGGCGGCGGCGUGAGCAGCGGCUCGGACGAGGCCAUCCGCUCCAUCCUGGAGCAGGCGCGGCGGGAGAUGGAGGCGCAGCAGGCCGCGCUGGAGCCGCUCCUCAAGGCCUCCUCCUCCUCCUCGUCCUCCUCCCUGUCCUCGCUCUCCCACCCGCGGGACUUCAUGGGCUCGCCGCUGGCCGCCACGCUGCCGCCCUACAACCCGCUGGCGCUGGCGCUGAAGAAGGCCCCGGGGGGGGGCGGGGGCGGCGCCCGCGUGGCCGCCUCCUCCUCGCCCACCUCGCCCUGCCCCGUCCUGGACUUCAGCGCGGGCUCCGUGAAGCGGGAGCACCGGGGCUCCUCGGGGGGCGAGUCGCCCGCCGACGGGGCCCUGCGCCGGGGCUCGGACGGCGCUCAGCCCCGCUCCGGGGGCGGCGGGGGCCACUGGAGGGAGCAGUGGUGGAGCAACAUGCACGGGGACCCCCGGAGGAGCGUGUCCCUGCAGACGGGGGAGGACGGGCACACCCCCGAGGACUCCAAGGAGGGAAUCCUCAGCGACGGCCUGAGCCGACCCCGGCAGUGGAACAAGCCGAGCCAGAGGAGCAGAGAGCCGUACCUCCGCAUGCAGCUGUGGCUCAACGGCGACCAGGGCCAGAACACGCAGGCUCAGCAGGCGCACCACCAAGAGGGAACGCCCAAGACGUCGGCCAGCUGUAGCCCCGCCCCCGAGUCGCCCCUGAGCUCAGCGGAGGAGUCGGUGAACGGCCUGCCGGGGGACCCGCUGGCGCCCCAGUCCUCCGGCGCCAAGCCCCCCUCCGAGGAGCCGUCGGGCGGGGAGUCCCAGCCCGGGACCCCCCUACCUCUCCCGGGGCCCCACUCGGCCCUCAGCAUCCAGGAGAUGGUGGCCAUGUCCCCGGAGCUGGACACCUACGUCAUCACCAAGAAGGUCAAGGAGGUGCUGACCGACAACAAUCUCGGUCAGCGUCUGUUUGGGGAGAGCAUCCUUGGGCUGACCCAGGGCUCGGUGUCCGACCUGCUGGCCCGGCCCAAGCCCUGGCACAAGCUGAGCCUGAAGGGCAGGGAGCCCUUCGUCCGCAUGCAGCUGUGGCUGCAGGACCCGCACAGCGUGGAGAAGCUCAUGGACAUGAAGCGCCUGGAGAAGAAAGCCUACAUGAAGCGACGUCUGAGCUCCCUGAGCGACGCCCACUCGGUGGACGUGGGCGGGGCCAUGGGGCCGGACUUCCUUCAGGGCUCCCAGAGCCCAGGGGGCGGGCCCCAGCAGCAGCAGCAGCAGCACCACCACCACCACCACCACCAGCAGCAGCACCUGAAGAAGCCCCGGGUGGUGCUGGGCCCGGAGGAGAAGGAGGCGCUGAAGAGGGCCUACCAGCAGAAGCCCUACCCCUCCCCCAAGACCAUCGAGGAGCUGGCCUCCCAGCUCAACCUGAAGACCAGUACCGUCAUCAACUGGUUCCACAACUACAGGUCUCGUAUCCGGCGGGAGCUCUUCAUAGAGGAGAUCCAGGCGGCCGGGGGGGCCAGGCCCGGCAGCGAGGGGGGGUCCCCGUCCCUGCGGGGCUCCAAGUCGGGGGAGGGGGACAGCUGCGACGGCACCGAGUCGGACGGCACGGUGGAGGCGGCGCGGCAGGGCUUCGGCCCCGGCCAGGAGGAGCAGCGGGGCACGGACCACGACAUGGAGGCCGAGUCCGAGGCAGGGGCCUCGGGUUCCUCCCCGGCCCGGAUAGAGUGCAGCACGCCGGGCUCCAGCUGCGGGCCGGCGGGCAUGGGCCUCUUCAGCCUCACGGAGGCCUCGUCGUCCAGUGGCUCGGGGCCCAGUAAUAACAUCCCGCCCUCCGGGCCGGCCAGGAACCCCAGGGACAACACGCUGCGCAGGAAGAAGGCGGCCAACCUCAAUAACAUCAUCCACCGGCUGGAGAAGGCUGCCAGCAAGGAGGACCCGUCAGAGUGGGAGUUCUAGCUCCCUCUCCCGCCCCCCCUCGCUCGCUCUCUCUCUCUCUCUCUCUCGUCUCGCACCUCGUCUCCUCGUAACCCCGCGACCUCUAACCCUUGGCCCCCUCCCGCUCUGCCCUCGGACCGGACCGGAGGGCGGGCGCAGCCAAAGUCAAGCUCAGCAGCCAUUUUUAUUACUCCGACGCUCUCCGUACGGAGGAGAGAAACAAAGAGCGGUUGUUUAACCCGAAGUAAAAAAAACAAAAGAUACACUGAUGUACUAAGAAGAACAGACGAAAACACAACCGAGAGCCAGAGUGUCUCUCGUCUCUGUCUUUUUUUUUUUUUAAACUGAGUUGUUUUUGUACUGAGAAAAGCACUUAGCUGUCCUGCUGGCCCAUGGCCCUGCUGUACCUCUCCCCACUCCCUGCGCCCCCCCCGUCGCCAGCCAGCGGGCCCAGAGUGGCGCCCCCUGAGCUGGGGUAAGACCCACGCAGCUGGGGUCAGCUGGUGGUGGAGGAACCCGGACUCAAAGAGGACGGACAUGCAAGAGGGGCGCGGGAGAGUCCUGAGCGGCCCCUCCCGGGGACGGACUCCGACGGGAGGAGCGACGGCGACAGGAACUCUCAGUACGAGAACCCGCUCUCUUAAAGGGAGACGCGCCCUCCCCCGUUUGCUCAUCACGCCCCCACCUUCCCCUCACACAGUGAGACGCCUCAUUUUUCACACUGUAGAGUGACUGUUACAAAAUCCUUUGCCUUUUAUCACUCGUGUGUGUGUGUGUGUGUGUGUGUGUGUGUGUUUGGGGGGCUGUGUCCGUGCACGUCGGUGUACACACACCCAGACAGGGCUUGUGUGUUCUCCUCUCCAAGGCAGCAUGUGUUUUAUGUUCUCGUUUCGUUCCUCCUCCAAACUCACUCCCACGCUCUUCCCUCGAGAGAGAGCUGUACAAAAAAGAAGAAGCGGUUGGCCGGCGCUGCCAUGGUUACGGAAGAACCGAAAGAUGAACUUUGACCCCCGUAGUCUCCCCGUUUCCUGUCCUGCUGACAGCCAUAUGAUGGCCAGAAGGACUCCCCUGGGGUCCCUCACCAAACACAAAGCACUCACCUGAAGAGGAGGAAGGAGGGACGGACCCCCCGACCGUGUCACCCGGAGCCUCCUCUCCGGACGAAGGACGCCCUCGUUUGUUUCUUUCUUUGUUUCUUUUCCUCCUCUUUACGUUUGGAUGGAGCAAUUCGGUUGCCAAUAAGAGAUUGCACAGUCUAUCGACUCUAAAGGGUACAAAAUAGGGAAUUUAAGGCAAAGCUGUUUUUAAAUUAGCAACAACUAAAUAUGAAAUGGAAGAAAAUAACAACAGAGAAGAAAAGAAAAAAGCAGAAGAAUAAGCGAGGGCAGUGUUUUAAAAAAAAAAAAUAAGAGGGAGAAUGGCCGAGCCACCAGAAUAAUGGAGUCAUGUUGAGUUUCUGAAGAUGCGAUACAACGGAAGCACGUCGUACUGUAACAGGCGGGGGGACGCGAUCUAGAACCUGCCUGGUUGCCCCGGGUCGCGUUCAGCCUCCUGGUCUGCCAGCGCUCGGUGUGUGAGUGUGUGUUACUCUGUAUGUGUGUGUGUGUGUGUGUGUGUGUGUGUGCGUCCUCAACAAAUUAUCUGUUCACAACACACACAUCUUUUCUAGGCCAAAUCAGGAAGAGUGCGUGUUUGUGUGCGAGUUGUUCCGUGUGUGUGUGUGUGUGUGUGUGUGUGUGUGUGUGUGUGUGUGUGUGUGUGUGUGUGUGUGUGUGUGUGUGUGUGUGUGUGUGUGUGUGUGUGUGUGUGUGUGUGUGUGUGUGCGCGUACGUCCGUGGAAUUACAUGCAUUCGCGUCGGGGUCAACGUUAAUUCACUUUAGAUCAACUUCAAUCACGAAAUAGUUUUUACGAUUUUAACAUUUGACUGGGCCCUCCCGCGGGGGUGUCCCUGAACCUGAGCAGGUACGGUUCUGUUCUGCGGAGAACGUCUGCGUGAACACACUGCGUGCGGUGGACAGUGAAUUGGCCUCGACCCUGGUGUGAGUGGUUCCAUUCCCCGUCCCGCCCCUCUGGUCCCCACGGGGGCGGGACGGGGUGCAUUCAGUUCUACUGUAUACACUAAAACACUAUAAGGCAUAUCACCUCCUCCUCCUCCUCCUCCUCUUCCUCCCUCUCUUACACAAGCCCUUAGUGCCUGUCAGCCCACUGCCUCCCCUUUUAUGUGUGUGCGUGUGUGUGUGUGUGUGUGUGUGAGUGACUGACUGCACGUGUGGCCAUAUAGCAUGUGCAGGAGUGUGCUGAGCGGGUCAUGUUUUUUAUCUACUUGCACACGCUACCAGUGCACAACUGCCAUCUACUUCUUUAAGCUGUUUGACUCAUCACCAUCACAUUAAUCUUCACAAAGUAGUGUAAUACUUUGAUUUACUGUAGCUUGGUUGUAUUGCUAUUAUUAUUUUUGCAUUUAUAGUUUGGUUUUUAUUCUGCUUAUUUAUAGGUGCUGUAUUUUCAUUUUAAUGUCUUAUCAUUUGAGUUGUCUAUUUUGUAAGGGAUUAUAUAUCGUUCCUGAGGGCAAGUAACAUUUUUAUUAUUAGACGUAUAGACUGCCGGCAGUAUUGGUUAAUAUUUACAAAGAUGUACUAGUUCUCAUUUGUUUGUAUGUUCAUGAACCAUGAAGCUCAUUUCAGUAGCUUUAGAGACGUUAUCUGCUACAGUACCUACGCCCAUCAGGCAAACGGGCCGGUAUCACCACGCUUCAUUCGCUAGCUAUCGAUAUCAUAAGGACAUAUCGAGAUCACUGAAUAUCUGAUGAAUUAUCUUUUUUCUUUUUGUGUCACUGCUUUGAUCAUACGACGUGUAUCGGCCGCGCGGUGCCGCGGUAGUUUCGGUCCAGCUGUCACUGUUACUCUCGAUGAGAGUAAGCCCCGCCCCCACCAUGUUAUCGCGAGACCUGCGUCCAUCUGAGUACCAUCCCCAUGAAGCUUGUUCGCUAUUUAGAAGAUAGGUUUAUAUGACGAUACCUAAACUUGAGAACCCAAGUUAACUUGAAUAAGGUCAUAUCUGCCAAAUUGAGAUUAGAGAAGCAUCCCAUGACGAACGGAGAUCAACGAUUAUGCAUUAUCUACUUAGCAGUCCGUAACAAAGCACUUAUAAAGAUCUUCUCCGAAGACGGGCCCCUGACGGGGUCUGUAAAACACUAACUAGACCCCCCACCUCCCAAGGUCUCCGGGAAUUGUAUGCCUUUUUAAAAGCGGUUCAGAACCAGACACACACACACUCCACAUUCUAACACUAAGAAUAUAUUUUAGAGAAAGGCUGUGCCCAUGUUUUUUGUAAUACUGUCAGUUGUUAAAGUUGUGUAGUUCCUGAUCUGGAUUUUAACUCGCAGCCCCGUCGGCGCUGCUGCAGAACGGGGCCUAGGGCCGCGAACAGCGCUCUGUCUGCCCAGCACAAGUCCUUUAAACCCCUGUCGUCCUUUUUUAAAAAGUUCCCGCACCGUGGAUACAUUUUAAAAGUAUUUUAAAAGAAAAUGCUACAUGAUCAAUUUUACUUAAAAGCUCAAAAACUUAAAAACACAAGCAGAUUAAAUCUGAAGUUCCGGUGAAUCUAAUGUGAUUAGGAUUUUAGUUUGUUGAUGACGGCGGAUGUUAGACAUGUGCCCUCUACUCUGCAAUAACACCCCCCUCCCGUACCGACUCUGUGCUGGGACCCCCGCCGUGUUGAUGGGUCCUGAUUGACAGCUACCGCAGAGAAUAAGCACUUACAAGCCCCCCCCCCCCCCAUAGAGUGGCGAAGUCACGCCCUUUCCGGUAGAGCCCAUGGGACCUAUGAGUUCGAAAAAUAUGGAUGGGUUUCAAAGGAGAGAAAGUAAUUUCUUCUGGUCCCAGUCUGUAGAUGCCCUGGAUUACACAUAAUGUUUGUGGAUUUAAAUGAUAAUUUUUCAUGUCAAGAGUUUGACCGUUUAUUGUGCAAUUGUUCAGUUAAAGGCUGUAGAGAAGACAAAAUGAGAAAGACUACACGUCUCGUAUGUCCCCAUCGGCAUAACUGAAACUCUCCACAUGCACCGACUUAUAAUGGUUUUCACCUCUUUCGAUGCUUUUAUCCUCCCCUUGGGAAAAAAAACGGUGAAGUGGAGCAGAGAGAUCGCCAUGUCUGUGCUGGAGUUCCAAGUGCGGGUGGUGACGUAUAUCAUUCGCGUCGAGAGCCGCGACGAGCUGUAGUUCACAAAGCGGCCUCACAAAACCUAACAUUAUCAAACUCCUUCGGGAAAUGUUGUAGUUUUCUUUGCAUGACAAAUUAUCAUUUAAAACCACAAACAACAUAUAUCCAGGGCAUAUAAAGACUGGGACCAGAAAAUGAUUACUUUCUCUCCAUUGAAACCCAUUCAUAUUUUUCGAUCUCAUAGGUCCCAUUGGCUCUACCGGAAGAGGCGUGGCUUCGUCACUCUUGAGCAGCUCUCUACACCUCAUGAGAUCAUCAGAUUCGUGCCUUCUACUGCCAGGCAGGGCAACGAACUUAUGAUGUCAUCAGAAAUUGACUCACGCGUUGAUCAGAAAAACUACUCGUGUGUGUGUGUAAAAAAAAUAAUAAGAUCAACAAAAAACGUUUUAACCCCGUGUGUGUGUGUGUGUGUGUGUGUGUGUGUGUGUGUGUUUGUGGUGAUGACGUAAUCUCGGAAGCUAUUUCUCCCAAUGGCCAUGAAGGUACUUGAUAUAAAAAGUCCCCUCGUUCUACCAAACGGGUCAUUUUAAAUGGGGUCACCCCGCGUAAAACGUGGAGCGAAAACCCCGACAACCGCGGCAGGACCCCGCGGCUCCGGGGGGGGGGGGGGGGGGGGCAUCCAAACGCCGGUCUUAAACCCGCAGCUCUCGCGUCGCCUCCCCGACGGGGGGUGGACCUGUCGCGCUCUUGUAUUUAAGCAAUGAACGGCCAGAGCGUUAAAUAAUGAAGGAGUGAGCAGCAAACACUGUAAUAACACUGAAUUUACUCAUAGGGCAUUUGUUACGUUUAUUCCCCUCGUCCGCGUCACGGUGGCCGUGGGACGUUUUGUGCCGCGGCCGGGCGCAGGGGUCGGCUUUGUGGCGCCUCGCGUCACGUCGCCCCCCGGGGGGUCCGUACUGUUACAGCCGACCAGGCAGCGCUCCGUUCAGUACCGCCGCGGUGCGCUUUUACUUUGAAGGGCAGGGAGAGGAGAAGGGAUGAUGAUGAUGAUGAUUCAGGACUUUUUUUCCAUGAUCCACAGAUAUUUUUCUACUACAAAAUAUAAAUCAGAAGAUUCUAUACACUGUUGGAUGACAUUGUAAAGGUUGUAAAACAGAUGCUGUAUAUCAUAACAUGUUUUUUCUGAAGUUGUAAAAGCUUUACUGUAUGAUCUGUUUUUGAAGUAAGUGGUUUCUCCAUCCCACGUGUUUGUUGCUGAUGGCAGCACUGGUCACCAUAUUCAGGAAAAAAAUCAAUAUCACAGAGAGAGAGAACGAGAGAAUAGAGAAGACCUCAGAUGUUUUGUAAUACUUUUGGAAUAAAUCUUAUGAAGUGGGUUUUGUAAGGAAACACUUUCCAAACGGACGGUGCUGUAUGCAGAGCACAGUGACAAACAGAAGAUACAGCACAACGCACCCUCAGACACCCCCCCCCCCCCCCCCCCCCCGGCAGCCCGCUGGGCUCCUCACCUCCUAUUGGCUACAACUGGUUGAGUCUUAACCCGAUUCCUCAUUGACCUUAACCUGUUCUGUUAUGCUUAACUUAUCUUUAGGACAGUAACUUAUGUGACUAGAUUUCUCAGCUCAAUGGUUUAACGAAAAAAUGAAAAACGAAAAAAAAAAAAAAAAAACUACAGAAAAAUAGUUUAGAUUUAAAGAGGAAGCAAAAAGCCAAAUAGUGAAUAGUCACCCACUUCCUGUUAUAUGGACGCUCUUGUUGUUUUGUUUUGUUUUAUUUUAUUUUUUACUUCUGUUGCUAAGUAGUGUCGCCGCUUCCGUCGCUCGCCCCGGGCGCUGAACCCCAGUGUCGUCUUGACAACCAAAAUGACCCCGGGGGGCCCGCCGCUGGGGUCCCCCUCCUGGAAAGCUUUAAGAUGCUCGCCGUGGCUCUAGCGAGUCCAGAGUGUUUUUAACAGCGACACGUUCCGCUCCAGGUCGACGUCGGCGGACGACCUCGUGUCCGCGACGUCCCCUGUUGAUUCUCUCGCGAGUGUGUGUUUGUGCGCGCGCGCGCGCACGUGCGUGUUUGUAGAACAAAUGGGCGCGCGCCUGUAAAGGGAUGGUGUCAAGAUAUUUUUGGAAGUGGUUUUCCCCGAGCACUUCUCCGUGUGUCCCGAGGUAUCGUUCCUCUCCCCGGGUCUCCUGCCUUCCGCCCGCCUCUGUAUCAUGUUUCUUUAUCUUUGUAUUUACUAAAGUGUAUCAUGUUGUUUGUUCUCAGCACUGUAAAACAGUCACCCUCUCCCCCUCUACAAACAUUGAAAAGCAAUAUCACUGUAUGAAACGUUCACAAUGUAUUUGUUAUGAUUGACAUUUGAUUCAUCAUCAUUAUUAUUCACUUGCACCCUAGGUGUGAUAAUUGAAGUAAAUCUCUUUUAUACAAAUA